GGGGCUGCCAUGACGUAAACAUGAUUAGUUACUCAGCCUCGCUCCGGACCACAGUUGGCUGGGUUGGGUCUGUAGUAUCUCCGAGAUAACGUUCGUUUUAUUGGGCUUUGCGACAUUAUCGGGUCACCUUGGUCGUCCACCAAGGAGCGGUAACAUCAUCUCUGUACGAUGUGAACCAAACAGUUUAGUCCCUACCGACCUGCAGGGACGCAGAGCCGUUGACGCAUUUGAUCUAGCGGAGCGCACACACACACACGCGCGCACAUACAAGCUGCGAAUGUCCAGGUAGCCCGCGAGGACGAAGCGUAGCCGGGGCCACCGAGACGUAACCGAAUAGCGAGAGGUUUUCCCGAGGAUUUCUAAGGAAAAAAAGAAAAAGAAAAAAAAAAGCUAGUCGGCUCGCUAGCUGACAGCAACCCAGCCAUGGACGACAAGUCAUUUACCAAGGAGCUGGACGGAUGGAUUGAACAACUGAACGAGUGCAAACAGCUGUCAGAGAAUCAGGUCAAAGUCCUGUGUGAGAAGGCCAAGGAAAUCCUGACAAAGGAGUCCAAUGUGCAGGAGGUGAGGUGUCCGGUGACAGUCUGUGGAGAUGUCCACGGCCAGUUUCAUGACCUGAUGGAGCUGUUUAAGAUUGGGGGGAAGUCUCCAGACACAAACUACCUCUUCAUGGGAGACUAUGUUGACAGAGGCUACUACUCUGUGGAGACAGUUACUCUCCUGGUUUCUCUUAAGGUAAGAUUUCGUGAACGAAUCACAAUUCUCAGAGGGAACCACGAGAGCAGACAGAUCACACAGGUGUACGGCUUCUACGACGAGUGUUUGAGGAAAUACGGAAAUGCCAAUGUUUGGAAGUACUUCACAGAUCUGUUUGACUAUCUGCCCCUCACCGCACUGGUAGAUAAUCAGAUUUUCUGCCUCCAUGGAGGAUUGUCCCCUUCAAUAGACACACUGGAACACAUCAGAGCGCUGGAUCGCCUGCAGGAGGUUCCUCAUGAGGGUCCAAUGUGUGACUUGUUAUGGUCAGACCCAGAUGAUCGCGGCGGCUGGGGAAUCUCACCCCGUGGUGCUGGUUACACCUUCGGGCAGGACAUCUCUGAGACGUUCAACCACGCAAACGGCCUCACUUUGGUUUCAAGAGCCCACCAGCUGGUGAUGGAGGGUUACAAUUGGUGCCACGACCGAAAUGUAGUGACGAUCUUCAGCGCCCCAAACUAUUGUUAUCGGUGUGGAAACCAGGCAGCAAUCAUGGAGCUUGAUGACACAUUGAAAUACUCCUUCCUACAGUUUGACCCUGCACCACGCAGAGGAGAGCCCCACGUGACGCGGCGUACACCAGACUAUUUCCUGUAAAGAUUGCUGGUGAGGCUACACUGUCGCUUGAGAAAGAAGUAUUCAUAACCCCAUGGACCAAAAAAAAAAGAAGUGUGCCAUAAUCACAAUGAAAUACAAAACUAUCACAUCACAGCUAAAGACCACCAUCCUUUCAACUUAAUCCUCUCUGUGCAUGAUGUUUUUAUUGCUAGAAAAUGAUUGCUACUAUGAACUAUGCUGUCACAAUACCCUGCUGGUUUGUCAGGAAUCAUGAAUAAAAAUAAUGCUGAGAAACUAAAUGUAAGUAAUCUUUGUGUCAGGCUGUUAAUGAUGACCAGAGUGUGUUUCCAUAUACAGUAUGUAAGCUGCAUCUUUCAUGUGGCAUGGCCUCAAUUCAGAAGUUGCAGUAAAUCUAAUGUGAACUCUUUCUUUUUUCUUUCUUUUUUGUAACUGAAGCGCAGCAUUUUAUUUUGUGAAGUGAGAUGAUAGGGUUAGACGUUGGAUAUGAAUCUGUUCUCUUUGCACUUUUGUAUUUGAUUUUUAUCACAUGGCACUGACAGACUAUGUUCUUUUUAUACCCUGUCACAGUGUAAGUAGCUCUCUCUCUCUCUCUCUUUCUCUCUCUGCUCUGCUGUCUCUUAUGGGAGAUAAUGUAAUGCAUUUAAGUAGGCAAUAUCGGUACAAAUGACAUCAAAUGUAAAAAAAAAAGAAAAGAAAAAAUAAUAUAACUUAAUGUUUUGCAGCCACAGCUAUAAGAAAUAAAGACUGAAGUUUCUUCGUCA